GGCCGGGACCGGCGGUGACCGGGCUUCUCGCGCUUCUCGCCCCGCUGGCGCCGUCGCUCUGUUCCCUUGCGGGAGCGGGGCCGGCGCUCGGGGGGGUGGCGUGACCCCCGCUGGGACCGAGGCGCUUCGGGAGCCCAGCGGCCCCGGCCCCGGCCCGGCAGGGAAGGCGCGGCCCGCCGGGCUGUGAUUGCCCCGUGUGGGAAGCGCCAGCAGCGUCCUGCUGCCCGCGGGGCCCGGGCCCUUCCUCCUCCUCCUCCCCCUCCGUGUCCCGAGGAAAUCCCCCGCCCGCCCCUGGCUGCCCCGGGCCCUGCCCCGCGGGUGUCGCCCCGUCCCCGGCUCUCGCCGGUUCGGUGCCUCGGUAACAGAAAGGCAGCGCCGGCGGCAAACGCCUCUCCCUUCCCCGCAGCCCUCCGCGCCCUCGGAGCAGCAGCGGGAUUUGCUCGAAGGCCGAACGCGACCGCGAAGAGGCCCCGGGGGGCUGCGCUGCCGCCGCACGGCCGGUUCGCCCCGGGCACGGCGGCUUCGUGGGGGAGUUGAGCCGGGACAGAAGCCGCCGGGCUGAGGAGGGGGGCGGGGGGGGGGAGCCCCGGCUCCUCCGUCCCGUUCCGGAGAUGGAGCCCCCCACCGCCACCCUCAUCCGAGGGGUGGGGGACGAGGUGACGGCGGUGGCCGGCGUGGCGGUGCUGGUCCUGGCGCUGGUCCUGGCCUGGCUGUCCACCUACGUGGCUGACAGCAGCAACCAGCUCUUGGGAACGAUCGUCGCGGCAGGGGACACGGCCAUCAUCCGGCUCGGCCGCGUGGAGCGGUACAUGGGGACGGCGGGGGCGGCCGAAGCCCCGGACCCCCCCAGGGUCCCCGAAAACGCAGAGGAGAAAACAGAAGAGGAAGGGGGGGCGGCGUCAGGGCCGGUGGCGGAGCAGGGGGCCGGCAGCAGCCCCCCCGACCCCGGCCUGGAGCGGCUGCUGGACAUCCGGAGCUCGCCCAAAUGGACCCCGGCCGCUGAGCCCAGCGCCCCGGGGGGGCCGCCUGCUGCGGGGGACGACGACCUGUGCUCCGGCCUCAUCAAGAUCCGGUUCAAAUUCCUCAACGACACGGAGGAGGUGGCUGUGGUGCGGCCCGAGGACACCGUGGGGGGGCUCAAGAGCAAGUGUUUCCCGGGCCAGGAGAGCCAGAUGAAAUUCAUCUAUCGCGGGCAGCUGCUGCAGGACCAGGGGCGGACGCUGCGCUCGCUCCACAUCACCGACAACUGCGUCAUCCACUGCCACCGCUCCCGGAGUGCCGCUGCCACCACGCUGCCCGACCCCGGCACCGCCCCCCCUGACAGCAGCGGCCUCCCCUUCAGUGCAGGGAACCUGAUGGUCCCCGCUGUCAUGGUGGUACUGGCGGUCGUCUGGUAUUUCCGCAUCAACUACCGGCAGCUCUUCACCGCCCCGGCCACCGUCUCCUUGAUCGGCGUCACCGUCCUGUUCAGCUUCCUGGCGUUCGGGAUGUACGGACAGUAGGGACACGACCUGUGCCACGGCCCACCCCCCCCAGCCUGGGAGCGCGGCACUCGGCCAGGCGCUGCUUUCUUCACCGUGGGGUUACGGUGACCAGAGCCAGCACGGUGGGAGCUUGGCGUGUCCUUCCCAGUCUGUGCUGGACUUUGUCCCCCCACGAAGGAGCUGUGCUCCCCCCAGCCACUGUCCUCCCCGCCCCCAGCCCCAUGCAGCGCUCUGGGGAGGAGCCGGCCCUGGGGCAGGAUCUGGGCCUGGCGGGUACGAGCCUGGGCCCUGCACCGGAACGGGCUGCGGCUUCCUGCCAGGGACUUUUGAAAGCGAAUAAAAGGUGUAACGUCA